CCGCCAAACCGCCCCCCCCUCGUGCAUCUCGCAGCCAUGUCUACGGACAACGACUCCGAUGGCGGAUUCCUUCCGGACCUGUCCGCGAACAGCACGUACAGCCAGUUCGUCGGGAUGCUGCAGGCGGACCGCCACCUGCAGCCUCCUCCUAGGGGCGGCUACGACAUCGUCCAGCACAGCCCCGGCGGAAUCCCGCCGGUGAUUCGAGACUCCCUGUGCGAGGGCCUGUACGUCGACUUCCUGCCCGCGCCUCGAGCGGGAGGAGCUCACGACGACGAUGACAACGACGACGACGAUAACGAGGACAACGACAACGACGACGACGACGACGACGACCGCACCGGCAACAGAGUCAUCAUCCGGCUCGACUUCGCGGACCCGGUGCGCCACCCCGCCGGCGGCGAUCUCUACUCUAGCGCCGCGGUCGCCGCGCGCGUGUUCGACGGCUGGCCAUGGGAUCUCUACCUCAGGCCCAGCCAGCAGCCGCUCUUAGUGCCGGCGCGGCUAGUCGUGCGGCCUGUGGCGCGCGCGGCUGCGGCCGUGGCGUCCUUCCGGCUGCCGGUGGCGCCGGGCACCACCCUCGGCGCCCUGGUGCGCGUGCUCGCGGAUUCGAGCAUGGGUUGGUUUAGCUUCGUGCGAGACGCGGAGGGCGCGCGCCGCGGGAAUCGCGAUUUCAUGUGAGUCUGGCCGGCCCCUGAGCGCGUCCGACUCCGACCGGAGACACGCGCGCAGAGAGAGAGAGGGGGGGGAGAAAGGG